UCCUGGUUGAUUUUGGGAUGAUUCCUCUAAGAAUUUGGGAUGAUUCCUGGGAGAUUUUGGGAGGUUUCCUGGAAGAAUUUGAGAGGAUUCCUGGAAGAAUUUGGGUUGAUUCCCAGGGGAGAUUUUGGGAGGAUUCUUGGAAGAAUUUGAGACGAUUACUGGAAGAAUUUGGGAUGAUUUCUGAGAGAUUUUGGGAGGAUUCCUGGAAGAAUUUGAGAGGAUUACUGGAAGAAUUUGGGAUGAUUCCUGAGAGAUUUUGGGAGGAUUCCUGGAAGAAUUUGGGAGGAUUCCUGGAAGAAUUUGGGAUGAUUCCUGGGAGAAUUUGGGAUGAUUCCCAGGGGAGAUUUUGGGAGGAUUCCUGGAAGAAUUUGUGAUGAUUCCCAGGGAAGAGUUUGGGAUGAUUCCCAAGAGAACUGGGACGAUUCCCAGAACAAUUCCAGCACUCCCCCCAUCCCUUUCCCCUCCCCACCUGUUCCUCCUCCACCUCCUUUGCAAUGACCCUUUUUCCCCUUCUCCCCCUACCGCCUCCCAAUCCCUUUUUCCCACAUUUUUCCCUGUUUUUCCGUGUUUUCCAGGCCAAAUUCCUUCCCAACAGCGGCGACUCCACGCUGGCCAUGUGUGCCCGGGAUGGGCAGGUGCGCGUGGCCGAGCUCUCGGCCACUCAGUGCUGCCGCAGCACCAAGCGCGUGGCCCAGCACAAGGGAGCCUCCCACAAGCUGGCGCUGGAGCCGGACUCGCCCUGCACGUUCCUGUCUGCAGGAGAGGACGCCGUGGUCUUCACCAUCGACCUGCGGCAGGACCGGCCCGCCUCGUGAGUGACCCGAAAAACGGGAAUUGUGAGGGGAAAAUGGAAAAUUCCGGGCGUAAAAUGGGAAUUCUGAGGGGAAAACUGAAAAUUCUGUGUGG